AUGGGAGUGGAUCAGACUCUUUCAAGUGGAAAGCAGUCUUUAGCGGCUUUAGCCCAUAACGAGCUUCAGAGAAAGAUCGAUGAUGAAUUAAAUGCGGAGAAAACCGGGAACUACAUCGUAAGUUGCAAAGAUGCGGAUGGCGGAUUUGGAUGCACUCCUGGACUUUCACUUCUUGAAUAUCCAGGAUUGAAAGCCAUCGAUCCAACUUAUGCUUCGCUUGUUGAUGUUGUACAUAGGAUUUUCUUUGGCAGAUAA